AUGCCUAAAUGGCAAUUACAGAUACUAGUAGCAAUUAGUUAUCUUAUUUGGACUAUUUCGAUCAUAAUCGGUAUUAUUGGUUAUCUUUUUGACUGGCUUAUUUCCAAUUUGUUCGAUCAAAUAGUUGCCAAAAAUAGACCGAAAUUAGAAUGGACAAGUGAUAAUGAAGAUAAGCAUUAUGCAGUUAUUAUCGGUGCUGAUUUUUCGGGUUUAGGAAUGAGUAUUAAAUUAAAACAAAUGGGUAUGAAUAAAUUUGUGGUAUUAAAACGUCAUUCACAUGUUGGUAGUACAUGGUAUGCAAAUCGAUUUCCAGGUUGUCAAGUCGAUAUUCCAUCGAAUCUAUAUUCGAAUUCAUUUGAAAUGAAUCCACAAUGGAGUCAUCAUUAUAGUCGUCAAUCAGAGCUUGCGGACUAUUUAGAAAAAUGUACAGAUAAAUAUAAUAUUCGUUCACAUAUUCAAUUUGAUACGACUGGUACCCGAUGUGAUUGGCUUGACGAUCGAUGA